AUGUCGAAAUACGACGCACCGCAGGGCGCACCUCCAAACUAUCCCCAACAGCACUACGACGCAGGCCCAGCCGCAAACGCAGACUUCUAUCAAGGGCAACAAGGAUACCCUCCACAACAAGGAUAUCCACCGCAACAAGGAUACUACGCUGGGCCACAACCUCCACCUCAAGCGUAUCAACAGUACCCGCCAGGACAACCAAUGCAGUAUGGAGCCCCUCCGCAAGGCUACCCGCCGCAGGGAAUGUAUCAAGAUGACCGUGGAGGAAGAGGCGGAGGUGGAGCUGGAUGCUGUAAGCUUUAA